GAGGAGGAAGAGCUGUGGGUCGCAGACCAUCAGGGCUCUGAGGAGAACCAAGUCUUCCCUGGUACUCACACAGCCUCAGUAUCACCCCAUUCGGGCGCCACGUCUCCGACGCCGAUGGAGCCGGCUCACUCUGGAACCAACCACCACAGAGACCGUUCCCGUUCCCCUUUAUCUGACUGGAACAGGCUCUCAAUCCCACCGCGAUAUUGAAGGUCCUACGACCCAUGGGGAUGUCCUCAGGACCCAAGUGCCUUGUACAGCUCCCAGCACCAACAGCAGCUCCAUCCUGAGCCCCCCUUCAGGGAACAGGGACGUCUCUCUGGAGAGUCGUCGUCGCGCGGGCCUCCGCCUCUGCUGCCGAGGGCGCCGCUGCCAACCUCUCAGCCUGCAGCUCCUCAGGCACUGCCUGUGGGCCACGCUGCCCCCUCCACCACGGCUGCACCCCGAUCAUUGUCUCCCACCUCUCUGCAGCACAGGCAGUGGCUGGACUCUCCUUCUGCUGUUGAGGACUGCUUGUCAGACUCAAGCUCCUGCUCGUCGGUAGCCCUGUCUGUCUCAUCUCCCGAAGCGGCUGUGGGAAACCAGGGCCCUGACUCUCCAUCGGAAGACCUCGAAGGACCUAGUCCUUCGAAUGGCCCUGUGCGUGGGCCUGGACGCAGAGCAGCAGGAGAUGGAGACGGUGAACGACCCGGUCUUUGAUGACAUAUGGGUGUCCCCAGUUGCGAUACCAUUCAUCCUACUCUCUUGAGGACAGUGCAACAAUCAUGGCAUGCCCCAUUUGCCAUGACACCCAUGUCCAGACACCUGGAGAACAUGUACAGAGUGCAGGAGAAAGACGUGGGCUUCCUGUUCCAGCAUCCUCGGCCAAAUUCCAGGGUCGUCGAGUCAGCCCACGGAAGGCCACGCCACGCACACUCCGCUCUGGUUGAGAGGGAGGGACGCAGCCUGGACCUGAUGGGAAGGCACAUUUAUUCUUGUUCUGCCCUGGGAGCACGGAUAGCAAACUAUCAAGCUACCAUGGCCGCUACCAGCACCUCCUCUGGGAAAAGAUCGGCUGCCUUUGCGAGCACCUGCCAGCAGACAAAAGGAAGCUCGCCAGAGCGAUCCAGGCAGAAGCCCUGCACCUCUCGCGGCAGCAGAUCUGCACGGCCAGGCACCAGGUGGAGUGCGACGCGAACGUGACGAGCGGGGCGAUGGCCCUGAGGAGGCACGCGUGGCUGCGCUCGGCUGGCCUUUCGCAGGCCGCUCGCUCCAGGAUCGAAGCUCUGCCGUUCGAUGGCGAGAGGCUCUUCAGCGAGAAGACCGACAGCGUGAUCAGUUCCUUCCAGAGGGCCCGGGCGAAUGUGAGGCCGACGAGAGCCACACACCAGCGGCCAUCAAGGCCUCGUCAGUGGCUCCGCUCCGGCCUGCCCUCUCAUCCAUCCAGGGGCCACGCAGACCACUCCCUUCGGCUCAGGGAGGCCUCAGCCAGGUCCCAGCAAAGGCGCAGGCCCCCGGGUGCUGACUGGCGCCCCUUGUGAUCGUGGCCUCAGGCUGGCUGCUCCUUCCAUACCCCAGUCUUUGGCCGCCCUUUGUCUCCCUUCCUUCCCGCACUGGAAACAAUACCGUCAGUUGCCUGUGCCCUGUGUGCUGUGGAAGGAGGAUACAGAAGCACCUUCUACACCCUUCCACCAGGUGAUAUUUAAGGAGUACUGAUCCACCUGCAGCCUAGACUGUGGAAACAGGCUCACUGCUUUCAGAGAGCGCCGCAGAACUCCUUCCAUCUCAACUUCCAGGCGUCUUCUACACCAGGCACUUGACAGCAGCAAAAUGAGAUGGAGAGCUUGAACUGCUACGGGCUCUUCGGGGCAUCGGCAUCUUCAUCACAGCAAGGCGAUUAAGGAGAUUCAUCUGCCUUUGUGGAUUCGAAGGACGUACACUUCCGCGUCUCCAUAGAGGAUUCAGGCGUUUCCUACAUUCCCAAAUAGGAGGAGAGGCUUUCCAGUUUUCUGUUUUACCACUUGGCUUUUCCGUAGCCCCACAGGGCUUCACAAAGGGCAUGGGAAUGCCUGCAAGGCAUUCAGGUUUACCUGCUCCUGAAUGGGCAAACCUGGAUGGAUUGGCUGAUUGGGGGAACUUCUGGGCAGGAUUUACGCCAUUCCAUUGCUACGGCCUGCACGUUUUUGGACUUGGUGUAAAUAUUGAAAAAUCUGACUCAGUUUAUCCAGUUCUUUGGGGCCCACCUCGACUUAGAUCUCUGUGCGGGCUUAUCUCCUAGACCCCAGAGUGCCUGCUCCAAUCAAGGUGGCCAGUGGACUGUGCAGGUGGCCUGCUCUCACGGCUUUCCACAUCCAGGAGCUCCUCAGUCUCAGGGUGGCCUCAGUUGCUAUAGUACUGCAAGCCUGGCAACAGAUGUGUCCUUUCGGCUCAUCUGUACAUAAGAUCCCAUGGGUGACCCGUGAUGGAUUCAUCUCUGGACUCCAAAAUCUGUCCAGACAAGUCCCACCUGGUGGACACAUCGCUACAGCCUCAUCAAGGAGACUGCCUGCAAUCCUCCAGAACCCAUAUUCACGGUGACUAUGGAUGCCUCCCUGUUGGGAGAAGAAGCCCACAGUGGUGUGCAUAUAAUCCAAGGGAUGUGGAAUGAAGCAGGGAUAAUCUGCAUCUACCUGAGGAAUUUUGGGAAGUGUGAGGAGGUCACCAUGAGCAGCAGAGAAGCCCAAAGUGCUACAUCUGGAUGCAUGCAGCCUGCGUCUCACAGCAUGGAGGAUCCUGCAUGGAGGAACCUAACUGACGGAUUGUGCUUCUACCAGGAAACCUACAAGACAAAGUGGAAGGCUUUUUAUUAAUUUACAUCCCAGGAGGGUGUUGACCCAUAUAAAUAUACAAUUGACCAGAUCCUUCUCUUCCUCCACUCUUCAUCCAUCCAUGUCUAUUUGGCAACAAUUUCAGUCUUCCACCUAGAGAUUCAGGGUUUGUCGAUUUUUUUUUACAUUCUCUUGAUGUAUUCUCCAGAGGCUUUCAAACAUCAUCCCACCAAAAUGUUCAAUAACCCUAACCCCUAAUUUGUGCCUUUCUGUUGUCCUGCAAGCCCUAUCAAACCCAUGGCACGGUGGCAGUUACAUCAUCCCACCGUUCCAGUGAAUUCUCCAUAUCAGGUCUUAGAAACAUAGAAACAGAGCGAGUCAGAAGGGGUCUCCCGGGCCAUCUAGUCUGACCUCCGGCACCAGCCGGCUCCGCUCACGACACGCCCACCACGUGCAUGCCCAGCCUUCUAUAGAGACAAAGUGGUUCAGCGUCCAGACCGCUCUUUUCUUCCCAAGGUUGUUUCGAAUUCGCGUGUCAGCAAGGACAUUGUACUGCUAGCCUUUUUUGCUCCCUCCUUGAAUCCAACGGGAUCAACCUUGCCUAUGCUGAGAUGUUUAUUGAGCACUGGUGUUCCGCUGUUUUAGGACUGAAUUGUUCCUGUGUUCACAGACAGUUUUUAUUUUUUGUGGUGACAAAAAUAAAGGCCUUCCCAUGUCGUCUGAAUGACUAGCAGCCUGGGUGAUGCAGACAAUUUCCCUGACUUACGAACUUGCUGCUCUACCCAUCUCAGGACCAUGGAAGGCUUGCUCAAGCCAGGCAAUGACAACUUCUACUGCUCUACAUGCUGGAAUUCUUGUCUAGUCAACUCCAACAAAAUUUGUGAAGCACUGCAGGCUCCAUGUCCAUGCCAAAGUGGAUUGUGCUUUCGGAAGAGCAGCCUUCUCUUCGGUUCUUCAGGCUCCUUGACCAAAAGAUAAAGGUCAAAGAAGAGGAGGAAACAUGGGCAAAGGAUCCUCAGGUCUCUAAAGAAAACAAGACCUCACCAAUUGACCAUUCAGCAGGAUUUUCCUGUCUCAAGACCGAGCCGAGCUCCCAGGGCAGGCCAGGAGAAGAGGCUUCAGUUCCACAGCAGAGGUUCAUGGAAGAAAACGGUGCUUCAGACCACAGCUCUGGGUUUCCUGACGUGGCAGUAAAGAUGGAAGAUGAUAAACCAGGAGUGCCCACUGCUUAUGAGUGCUCAGAGACAAGUGAAGCCGGCAGAAGUUCCUUCUCCGGUUUCCCUGCUGUGCCGAUAAAAGUGGAAGAAGAGGAGUCCUGGGAGUCGAGCACUCAGGGCUGUGAGCAAGGAUUCCCUGGCUUGAUUAUAAAGGUGGAGCCAGAAGAGGAGCCAUGGCUCUCUGAUCUCCAGGCCUCGGGUGGAAGCAUGGCGGCCUCGGGGGCCCAGUCAGGCAAUGGCUACAUGAAAGAAGAGCAGGAUCUUCUGCCUGGAAGCAUGAAGCAUGUGGAACUUAGCCGAGCAAUGACACGAGGCACUGUUUUCCGCUAUCUUGGAAGGGCCAAUCAAUACCGAGCGGAAAGACAACCAGGGAGCCACACAGGGAAAAGGGUUAGCAAGAAACCCUACAAAACCUCAAAUUAUGGGAGAAUAUUCAUUUGGAGGAAAUAUUUUCUUGCCCAAGAAAGAACCCAUUCUGGAGACAAACCGUACACUUGUUCGUAUUGUGGGAAAACUUUCAAUGUGAGGUCCUACCUGCUUGCCCAUGAGAGAACCCACACUGGAGAGAAGCCUCACAAAUGCUCGCUUUGUGGGAAGGGCUUCAACGUGCGUUCCUACCUUAUUGCUCAUUGGAGAACCCACACAGGAGAGAAGCCUCACAUCUGCUCAUUUUGUGGGAAAAGCUUCAGUGGCAGGUCAAACCUCAACAGGCACCAAAGAAGCCACACAGGAGAGAAACCGUACACCUGCCCAGUGUGUGGCAGGAGCUUUAGUCAUAAAGCGCACAUGAUCAGACAUGAAAGGAUCCACACUGGGGAGAAACCCUACAAAUGUUCACAAUGCCUGAAGAGCUUCAGCCAGAGUUCAACCCUCAUUUCACAUGAGAGAACCCACACAGAGAAACCAUAUAAAUGUUCACACUGUGAGAAGAGCUUCAGCCAAAGUGCCAAGCUUGCAACUCAUGAGAGAACCCACACAGGUGAGAAACCCUAUGAAUGCCCAGUGUGUGGGAAAGGCUUCAAUCACAGGUCAGAUUACAUCAUUCAUGAGAGAACCCACACGGGAGAUAAACCCUAUGCAUGUUCUGUCUGCGGGAAAGGCUUCAGUGGGAGAUCUAACCUUACCAGACAUGAGAGAAGCCACACAGGAGAGAAACCGUACCUUUGCUCUGUUUGUGGCAAAGGCUUCUGCCAUAAAGCGCACCUCCUUCGACAUGAGAAGAUCCACACAGGAGAGAAACCAUACAAGUGCAUGGACUGUGGUGAGAGUUUCAAGCACAGAACAGACCUCAUUGGUCAUGAGAGGGGCCAUUCAGGGGUCAAGCAGUAUACCUGCACAGCCUGUGGGAAGAGCUUCAGUGGGAAAUCCAAUCUUAACAGACACAAAAGAAGUCACACAGGCGAGAAACCCUACACGUGCUUGGUCUGUGGCAGGAGCUUCAGUCACAAAGCACACCUGAUCAGACAUGAGAGAAUCCAUACUGGGGAAAAACCAUACAAGUGCUCUCACUGCACAAAAAGUUUCAAUCAGAGCUCUACUCUUGUCGCUCAUGAGAGAACCCAUGCAGGAGAUAAAGCAUGUAAACGCUGAGUUAUGGGGGGAAUGGCUUCUGUUUUGUGGGAAUUGUUAAGUCCGAGAGAUUGUAAACUGAGUCCAUGUACUGUGCUUUUGAAAGUUCUCCCAUCUGCUCGUGUGCCUGUUAGGCAAUGAGGGUGACUUUUUAAAGGUAUAAAUAACUGUUAGGAGGGAAAUGGGGUAAAAAUGUGUGAGAUUGCUGGUCAGCUACAUCCCGCAGUCUUUCCACAAAUGGAGGAUUUGCCUAGGAAAGCGUUUGGCUUUAGAUACUUGCCUCACUCUGGGGCGAAGAGACGAAAGAACACAGCAUGGUUUAAAAUAGAAAGAGAACACCUUGUCAAGGGGAAAUGCUGCGGUUCAGUGGCCAAGUGCUUGUUUUACAUCCGAGAUCAAGAACCCAGAUUCAGUCUCCAUCUAAGAGAGGUGGCAGGAAUAGGAAGGCUGCUUGCUCGUCACACCGAUGGCCUCUCGGUGUAAGACAGCUUCACACAUGAAUGAAGAACCAAGGGUUCUUGGGGUAAGGGAGGCAGGAGUUAGAGCUCCAUCCCUGAGAAACUUGAGCAGGAGGCUGCGGUUGCACUUAUGACUUAUUGGUGGACUUCCUCCCGAGGCAUCUUCUGAACUGACGCUGGAGUAGACCGGCCUUUGGUCCUGACCCAGCACUGCUCUUUUUAUGUUCUUAGGAAUUUGCCAUCAAAAUCCACACUUGGUAAAUAAUGAACGAUCUGUUUAGAGGGGUAAGAGACCUCAGUGAGAAGAGGCCUGUCCAUGGCUAUUGACCAGAGAACCUGUGGCUCCCCAGGUGUUAUUGGAGGGUGACAGCCAGUGCUUCCAAUAAGCAGGAAUUAUAGGAGGUAUAGAUAAAAAAUACCUGGAGGCCACAGGAUUUCAGCCCGUUCUCUAGUCUGUGAAAGGCAAUGCUGCAAUAAACCAGUUCCCCAGUCCAGCUCAGUCUAGUUGGUUUGAACUACAGCUCCUAUCACCCUGAUCAUGGACCAUGCUGACUGGGGCUGCUGGGAGCUAUAGUCCAAAAUAACUAAAGGGCACCGCUAGGUUACCUAACCUUGACUUGGUGUGGCUUUUUCCAAUUAGGUGCUCACCAGAUGGUUUGGACUAUAACUCCCAAACUGCCUACUGGUAGUGUCUGAUGGGAGUUGUAGUCUAGCACACUUGGGGAACCCCAGGUUGGGGAAGUCCUGUUUUAAGAGGCUAGGAGGCAUUUGGUGGCUGUCAUUUUUUCCUGAAAGAGGCCAAAACAGCUUUCCCUCUGAAACAUAAGAAGAAAACUGGUCCUUUGCCCACUUACCAGGGAGAAAGCCCCAUAGAACACAUUGGGACUUACUUCUGAGCAGGUAUGUAUAGACUGUCGUGUAAAGUACCACUGUUCAUGUUUGUAUGUGUCCAAAACUGGUUUUUCAUUUGCUUUCUUAGGAUUACAAGUCUUGGUGUUCCUCAUAAAAGUAGUACUUCCAUAGUUUAGCCACUGCCCAUAAUAAUUAUAUAAGAUGUGUAUAAGGUAGAUAAGGGCACGGUGCAGUAGUGUUACUGAUUAAGCAAAAAUAAUUACAUUGAGAUCUUUAAAAAAAAUAUAUGACUGAUCGAUGAGGACAGAUGUCCAAAAUUAUUCCUAUUAUAGCACAGCUACAUGAUGAGGUUGCAGUGCUGAGGCUGCUGAAGCAAAGCAACCUUUUUUGUGAUUUGUACCACUUUCUUUUCUGCAGACACGUUUUGUGACAGCCUGUGAAGCAGCUCAGAUGUGUAAGAUGUUCAUAUCUGGAACUUAAACAGCUCUGAUUUUGAACUUUUGUUUUCUGAUUUCACAUGACAAGCUUUGCUAAUCCCCUCAAGUCUGUCUCAGGCAAGUUGUUACCAGCCAGACUGUUGGCUGAAUGAGAAAUGAGACCCUGGCAGCUCGUUCAACUCUAAAAAUGACUUUUUUGUUUUGAUGUGCUGCUACAGCAAGGAAUAUAAUGCAUUCCUUGACUUAACGAAGGUGACAAGAUUAAAAAUCAUUUUCCUCCCCUUUCUAGUA